AUGCCAACCGCUAUACCUCGACCCCAAUGUUCCCUAUGCGUACGUUUCCGCACGCGUUAUCUUACGAAUUCAUUUUAUAGCUCAAGCUGGAGCGGAGCGCGUCAGCUCCAGGUCGAAAAACCGGUAAACCUGAUCGUCAAAGGUUUGCCGGCGGUCAGGCGCGAACAGCUCGCCAACCAAUCGUGGAAGCUUGUCGGGGACUUCGUUUUGCACAAGGUGGUGCGGGACGAAUCACCUCCAGAGCUGUACCUUGUUGCUCUGGACCCUGUUCAAGCAGAUGUAUUUCGUGUGGAGAUGCACACCGCCCUCCUUUAUAGCUGGUCUCUUUACACCCUUUUCAGACGAAAAUGUAGCUACCGAGAUAACUGUAUUUCUAACUUCUUCGGACUCUCGCACUCCACAACCAUUACAGAACCAACACAGAGGCUCGCUGCCAUGUUGCUGGUGUCUGUACCUCGGGACUUCUUCACUACCCCCGCACUCACUGCACAUUGGGCCAUCCCCAUCGAUCUCCGCACAGGCGCAUCGGGGUGCACAAUCAUUGAUCGUCUGCGUGUAGCCGGAGGACCGGGAGGAGGAGGCCAAGACACUCAAUUAGCACUCUCGUCGGUUCAUUACACCGCGAACACCGAACCCCUCCUUCCUCUGAAGUCUGCGCAGGGCGUGUGCGCUGACGUCUGGAUUUUCACCAUCGGGGUGGAGCGAGGGCGAAUCUCAAUUCGAGCCCCUCCAUGGAGCUCCUAUCCGGCGUACGUUACCACCCAAGUUGGUGUGGUAGACCCUUCUAUGCUUGCCUAUCGUCUGGACUCUCUCGAAGCCCGCGAUCAGACACCCCUGCUCGCCACCCGCACCGACGUCCGCGCCGCACUGUUGCCCGACUUAUUUUCGUGUUGCAGUGGGGCAUCGCUCUGA